GCUCUCUCACAUAGAAACCCUAGAUUGAGGCGAAUAGCUUAUAAACCCUAAAUCAAAUUCUUCUCCCUCCGAGGAAAACCAAAUUUGGGAAGAUGACUCAGAAGGGGAGCCUGUUCAAGGGCCAGAAGAAAGCGAAAUCGAUUCCUCCCAAUCGCCACGGCAAAGUCUCCCAGACUCGAAAAGGGAAGAGAGUGGUGAAGCCAUCGAAGGUGACCAAGAAUAUGAGUUCUGAUAAGGAAGUGACCAAGUUUAUAAAUUACUGCAAUGAGGUAAAAGCUGCAACACUAGCUAACAAAGACGGUGGCCAAUUGAGCAUUAUUAAACCCCAGUUAGAUUCCUCGAGUGAUGCCAAGAAGUAAAUGCCCGUUAUGAGAGGUUAAGGUGUAUGAUUUUGGUGCGUUCAUGCUAAUGUUGUCGUUUUGGUAAAUUAUGAUCGGUUUUCAUCGUGCAUAUUUCAUUAAUUAUUAGCUAGGUGAAUAGUAUAUAUUGUUGCACUUUAUGUUGAAACCUGAUUUUCUUGCACACAGAUAUAAAUGAAAUGAGAUUUUUAACUCUUUUGUGCCA